UAGUACUUAGUCGGAUAAGGUUGCAUCCGUCAUCGAUAAUGUCGGCAUCUGUGGUGUGUCGUGGACAAGUUCGUGGCAGAACCGUGAUCAUCUAUGAGAUGAUGGAGUACCGGGAUCAUCAACCGAUUCGUGAUUUCGGUUUUGUGGCGGUGGAUACUCGUUUUGGUUAUCGACAGUAUGAGGUGGAUGCUAAUGGUGUGUUGGUGUUGCGCAUGGAUGUGGGUUUGGGUUACGUCGGGGACGAUUUACGCGAUGCAUCCGUCUUCGUGACGAAGUUACAUAAUGACGUACUUGAUCAUCAUGCUGGGACAUCUGAUGAUAUUGUUGAGAAAAUAGUUCGUCUAUUGUUGUCGGAGAUCGCUGUGGAGCACGAUGGUAAGCUUGCUGGUAUUGCCGAGUGGGAGACAGUUCUCGAUCCUCCACUGGUGGACAGGCCAUAUCUGCAUGGGGAGCUUCGUUUUGAUAUGUUUGAUUAAACUAUCGCGGCGGCGCUGCUGUGGGCAGUGGGAGCAUGCAGCAACGGUGGGAGUGCAUCGGCAGUCUUGAGAGGGGACUUCAAUUCAAACUAUGGAGGCACCAGGGUGGAGGGAGAAGAGAGGGUGGAACAGGUUGUGUCUUAUGCAGACCAGUCAGAGAUUGCUGCCGCGAGAAAGAGUCAAGGAAAACCUGGCAGCAAGGACUCAGUGGAGGGAAAGCAUACACAAUUGAACGAGGUGGUGGUACCUCCUGAAUAUAAUAAUCAAGGUGACCCAGUUAUCAGUUCAGGGAAGGUCUUGAUUGGAGCUAAAGAGAUGGGCAUUCAGCGAUGGGUACCUAACCAAGCUUCCUUGGACAGGGUAGAAGUUUGUUAUACUGUGCUUCCGCGGAAUGACUCGGAAUGUCAUUUGCAGCAUCGUCAACAUGCAGGGGGUCACACUCGAUUGGUGUCUCACCGUCUCAGUGCAUUCCGCCAGAUUGUCAAUUGAUUUUUUGCACCCUCACAGUAGAUUCUACACUGUAGUGCAAGGAAAAUGAGCAAUAGCGAGAUGACAAUGACCAGACUGCACAAUCACAUUGAAGGCCAGAUAGUAUCACAGUGUCCAGAAAGCAGAAAUGCACCAAUAUAACACCAAUGAAGAAUCGUAACACUG